UCCUCCCUCCUCUUUAAAAUCCUGCCCCCCUCCUUUGCCACUGUCUCAGAUGCACCUUCUUCGCUCAGUUUCAUCCAGACACACAAAGAAGUCCUUCAGCAUCCAAGGACACAGUGCCUCCUCCUGAAACCCAUUUGCUUUUUCCCAGCUCUCUCUGAUCUCAUCCCAGACCUUCUGCUCUCUGGAAAGAAAAAGGGAAACUGCAUCUUUUCAGGACCCAAGAGGAGUCAUGCUUUUGGGGGGUCUCUCCUUCCUGCUGCUCUCCCUCUGCUCAGCCUUGGCACUGCCACUAACCACUCAGCUGUCAGAAGAAGAUGAAAGGGUUACUAGAUGCAUCACGGAGAUCCUGGCAGACACUCUCUCCAGACCUAGUCCGAUCCCUGUGACCGGCGAAUGCAUGAAGAUACUUAGGGAAGAUGAAAGAGUCCUGGCUAUGCUCCAUCACCAGCAUCUCCUGAACGAACUGGAAGAACUCACGCACCAAGAGAACAUAAAGCAUCACUUGGGCCAUGAAGGGGGCCGUGAUGCUUGGGAAGGAGAAGAAAAUGAACAGGAAGAUGUGAAGAAGAGGGACAAGAAGCAAACUCUGGACAGAGAAGCUGGUUCUGAGCAGAUGAGAGAGCAAAAUGCGGGAAGGAAGGAAGAGGAGCAAGAGACGAAGGAAUACGAGAAGACAGAAAAAACCGAAGAGAAGGUGAAGGAAGAGAAGGUUUCCGAAGGACAGGACCAUCAUAAAGCUUUGGAGGAGCAGGUCAAGGAGCUGAUGGAGGAGGAAGACGAGGAGAAGGCGGAAGAGGAAGAGGAUGAAGCAAGGAAGAAGAAGAAGAGAAGGAGCUCUUCAGAGACAUGGUCUUCUAAGGAGUAUUUUGGCCACAUCAAGAAGAGAGGUCCAGAUCAGCCAAAGAUCAGGGAGGUGAUGCUUGAAGAAAAUCAGGAUGAUAAGAGGAACGGAUUGAUCAAGAGACACUUUAAAGUGGAGGAGGAAGAGGAAGAUGAGAGCUCUGAAGAGGAGCCAAAGAGAUACCACCACAGAGGAUUUAAUAAAGGCCGUCAUCAUGAGAACUGGGAGGACGAGGAGGAAGACGAGGAGGUGAAGAAGAGGCCUUCUCUGGCAAAGAGAGUGGCCGAAAAGGCUAGCGAUGAGGAGACAGCUCAGUUCGAAGAGCAAGAGAAAGGCGUUAAGGUCUCCAAUUCCCAGAUCCACCUCCAUGGAGGAUGGAAACCUUGGCAGAAGAAAGAGCAAGAGGAGGAAUUGAGGCAUGGACACCACCAUAAGCAAGCUGGUUUGGACCUCAAGAAGAGACACGAGAAGGAUGUAAUGUAUCCGAAGGACAGACAUCACAGCCACAGUGGGGAGGAAGACGAAAGGGAAGCCAGCCCUGAUGAGGAGCUGAAGAAGCUGGAAGAGAUCGAGCAAGAACUGAAAAGGGCUGCCGAGAAACUUGAGGCACUCAAGAGAGGAUAGUCUUCAUCCAUUGUUUUUGGGAGCUGGGUAGGGCUGGGAAAGGGAUAUUCUUCUUCCCAGUCCUUUCCCUUUUCCUUCCACACAUGCAAUCUUUGUAAAUAUAAGCUCGCUCUCUCUCUCUCUCUCUCUCUCUCUCUCUCCAGCUUGGCUUUGGACUGUUAAUGGAGCUUCCCCUUGCUUCAAAAGACCCAGAUCCCCCAAAACACAACCCCUCUGCCCUUAACAGCAUCUUCCCGAAAGGGCAAAAGUACUUGGGCUCCUAUUUGCUUGCUGUGUAAAGUGUUGUCACUUGGCUAAAGGGACUGUCCCUGAGGACCACUCCAGUCCCACAUUUACACUUUGCUCUGGGCAAUUGCUCAUCAGGAUCUGCUUUACUAUUUACAGGAUCCUGGGCAUAUCCUAAAUGUUCUUUUUCCACCUCUAUAAACAUACCAAUGGAGCUUUAGAGGGUAAAUCCUAGGUAGCACAGACCUUCUACACAAAUUCAACAGGAGGAAGUUGGGGAACCUUUAAUUCGUCAAAUACUUUGGACCACAACUCAUGCAAGAGCUAACAUGAUGUCAUGACUUGAGCGUUGGACUGGGAAACCAGGGUUCGAAUCCUUGCUCAGCCAUGGGAAGGCAAUGUCCUCUGCACAAAUCUUGCCAAGCAAGGUUCGCCGGCUUAGAGUGAUCCUACGUCAGAAAUGACUUGAAGGCACACAACAACAACUCCCACAAUCCCAUACCAUUAGACAUAGCGCCUGGGGCUUGGGAGCUGAAAUCCAAAAUACUUAAAGAGGCCCCAAGUUUUGUCCUCACACACUCACACUUUUGCUGCUGGAAAAACAGGGAAGAUGCUGUAAUCGCCUGUCAAAUAUGGUAGUCUUGUAAUCCUCAUGAGUGUACCAGGGCAAUAUAUAUAAAUUAAACACAAAAGAGGCCGCAAGGGUGGGGAACCUAAAGCUAAAUCCAGCCCUCUGGGCUUCUUCAAAUAGCUACAUAAUUCCCUUCAUUAUUUUGUGGUUUCCUUCCUUUUGUUCAGUAUGGCGUAGUGGUUUGAAUGUCAGACAACCCUGGGGACCAGGAUUUGAAUCCU